AUGGAUUUUAUGUUUUUUUUGAUUGGAUGUAAGGAAUUCAACUCCCCGUUGAAAGACGUGGGCAGUGUCGCCUGCUACUGUGGCCGCUGCCACAACCAGCUGGCCCACGCCAUCCGCUCCAUCAACACCAUCACGUUGUUCUUUAUCCCAGUGUUGCCGUUUUACUGGAGCAAGCAGCUUCGCUGCUCCAUCUGUGGGGCAACGGGGCCCCUCGACAACCUGACGAUCGAGCUGCUAAAAAAGGGCCAGCCAGUGGCCAUAGCGGGAUGA